UGGAUAACCGGACGGAGUUAAUGUACGUACAGUAGCCUACAGGACGAUGCACGCUUCGGAGUUUCGCACUGUCAUGUUACUCGAACUUUUAGGAUUUUUUAUUGCGUCUUGGAGUGGCAAGUUCCCCUGCGAAACCGCCCCUCCUACUUAGUGUCUGUCUACUGUAUGAUAGCAAACAUGUACAAAUUGACACGAGGCAACCAAACACCUUUACUCACUUGAGGAUCUUCCACACAGUAAAAUGACCACCGGUGUGGAGCGAUUAUUUGACGAAUAUGGACAUUUUAAAAGGUUUCAGGCAUGUGUCUACUUUGCUGCAAUUUUCCAGGCCAUCUCCUGUGGAAUACAUUACCUGGCCUCUGUUUUCUUAGUUGAGACGCCUAAAUUUCUUUGUGACGCUCCUGCAAAUAUUACAGAUGUCCUGUACAGAAAUCACUCCUCAACAUCAUUGGCGGGCAUCUGGACUCACUACAAGCCAGGUUAUGGGCCGGUGGUUGUAAGGACAGCCGUGGGAGACCAUUGGGAACUCAGUCCUUGUUUUAAAGCACUCCGGCUUGAUGCCGUCAAUUUUCAAUACGAGUUCUUCGGGAACAAGACUGUGGCAUCUUGUUCUCGCUUUGUCUAUGAUCACAGCGAGGUCCAGCAGAGCAUCGUAACAGACUGGGACCUGGUGUGUGAAAAAGAAUGGCUGGCCAAGCUUACACAGCCAACAUUUAUGUUGGGAGUUUUGAUUGGAGCACUGAUAUUUGGGGACAUCGCUGAUAGAAUUGGGAGGCGGCCUAUUCUGAUAGCCACCAGCUUAUGUCAGUUUACAUUUGGCAUCAUUGUCGCAUUUACAGGAAACUACUACCUUUUCGUGGUGAUGCGUUUUCUACUAGCCAUGGUAUCCAGCGGAUACCUGGUGGUAGUCUUUGUUUAUGUGACAGAGUUCACAGGAAUUAAGGUGCGCACAUGGACCUCGAUGCAUGUGCAUGCAGCCUUUGCUGUGGGAAUCAUGGUAGUGGCACUAGUGGGGUACCUUGUUCGUGUCUGGUGGAUCUACCAGAUCAUCCUCACCCUCACGACCUCGCCAUUCUUGCUCUAUUGCUGGAAGUUUCCUGAAACCCCUUUCUACCUAAUGGCUAAAGGCCAGUACAAGGAGACCCAGGAACUGUUAGACAAGAUUGCUUCCUUUAAUGGCCUGCAACCUACACUUAAGGUGUCAGAGCUCAUAGAGGAAUGUGAUGGAGUGCUCUUGGCAGAUAAGCAAGCAGAUGAGACAGCAGUGGAAGUCGAGAAAAAGCUAAGCAUCCUGGACAUGUUUGGAAGCUUAAAAAUGGCCGGUCGCAGCGCCACCUGCUGGGCUAUUUGGUUCAUCGGAAGCUUGGGAUACUACGUCUUUAGCCUGGGAUCUGUCAACUUGGGAGGCAACCAGUAUAUCAACCUCUUUGUUGCUGGUGCUGUUGAAAUCCCAUCUUACCUAAUUGGGUGCUUUUUAAUGGAUCGUGUGGGUAGGAAGAAGACAUGCGCCCCAGCUCUGGUGCUCAGUGGAGUCGCCUGCAUGCUCAUUAUUAUCGUGCCCCAGGAUAUAGAGGUCUUGGCUAUAGUAUUAAGUAUGACGGGGAAAUUUGCUAUUGCCAUUGCAUUUGGUCUGGUUUACUUGUAUACCUGUGAGCUUUAUCCUACAAUCAUCAGGUCUCUGGCAGUAGGCAGUGGUAGCAUGAUGUGCCGGGUAGGAAGUGUCGUGGCUCCUUUCUGCGUUUACCUUUCUGACAUCUGGAUCUACAUGCCCCAGCUCAUUGUGGGAAUUCUGGCAUUCAUUGUCGGGAUUCUGACUAUGUUUCUUCCAGAGACUUUAGGACAACCCCUCACCUCCACUUUGGAAGAGGCUGAGGCUCUGGGGUCCAAGCCCAGAAAAGAGAAUGAAAUAGCGGAUGGGGUAGAGAUGAAUCAAACAAUCAAAGCUUGAAUCAGUGUUGUGCUUUAUGAAGAGACUAGAGAGAUUACAUUCUCUUUGAUAAUGCAUUGUUUUCAGAAAAUGUUUCUGGGUUAACACUAUGUUUUAUACAAAGAUUUCUGAAGGUUCCUUUGAAAAGUGUAACUGUUAAACGUCUUUUGUUUAUACUCGAAUCGAAUGUAUUAUUAAUCAAAUACACUUCAAUAUAGGGUUAACAAAACUAUAAACAUUAGUUUAUUUAGAUACUAAUGUUUUAAGUAGGGGUGUAACGGUACGCAAAAAUCACGGUUCAGUGCAUACCUAAGUUUUGAUGCCACGGUUCGGUUCAUUUUCGGUACAGUAAGGGCGAAAACUGCAAACAUUCAGCUGAUUUAAGCUAUACGUUUUAAAAAUAAAUAGCAAUGUGAAUGUCAUUUAAUUAUUUACCUAAAUAUCCGAGUACACUACUAUAUAUGGUUUCAUCAGAUGCAUGUGCAUUGCCGCUGUUAUGUGCCUGGCCCAAAGUUUACUUCCGGUCUGUGCUUGUUUCAGUCUGGCUAGAGACUACAAUGACCUCAGAAACAAAUUCCUUGUGGAAAAUAAAACAUGUCUCGCUUUCCAAAAGGUGAGGGGAGACAGUGAGCAUGGUUCUCCGCUGUGCGGAUUUGGCAGCCAGGCAAGAACUUAAAAAUCUUAUGCUAACAUUAUAUUCAUUAAUUUUAGACAGUAAUGUUAGCUCAGCGUAAUGGUUGAUACAAUUUAGUUAUGAUUUUGAACUAAGUAUAAUUUUCUGGUUAUUUAUUCAGCUUGUUCUUAAUUCUUUGCGGAAAGCUCUACGGAAAAACUACGGAAAGUUAAGUUUGGGCGACAAAAGCCAUUUGUUUAUGUUGUUGCCACUAAACCUCUAUAUUUGUAUUAUACAAGUUAAUUGACUGUUUUGCUAUAGACUAAAGAAAUGUGUUUAUCAUGCAUUAUCAGUAAACUAUGUGAUAAGUUUCUUUGCAUAAUUUGCUAAUAACAAAUCUUAUCUGUGUGCAGCUGUUUUUUUUUUUUACAAAAUUGCAUCUCAGGGUUUAGAACAAGAAAAGUGUUCAUUGUAGAGCAGGGGUAGGCAACGUCGGUUCUGGAGUGCCGAUGUCCUGCAGAGUUUACCUCGAAUCAAGCCCACCUGAACAAACUAGGGACCGACCUUGCCUACCCCUAUUGUAGAGUAAACUGUGACUGUACUAUAUAAACCUUAAAAACAUAUAGUUUCUAUAUUUUAAUUAAAGUUGUUUUUAUCUUCA